AAAGACAUUCAUCGAACAUAAACCUUUCAAAACGGCAUCUCCAUCUCACCAUCAUCUUAAUGCCAGCCAUCAGCUGUACGUGAAUACACAGUCUGUGCAUUGCAGCAGCUAACUAUCGACAUAACAUUAAAUUUCAUGGACGCCAACCGGCAGACGAGUUUUGGAUUACGGAAAUAGAGGAGGAAACCUACCGCCGAUCUUUCUACAUGCGAUUGAGCACCAUCAAAAGGGUAGUAUCGCUUGGAGGAUAGGAUAGCGAGCGAGAGAAAAAAACUGAAGCUCGAACUCUAAAUCAAGAUCAUGCGUCAUCAGUUCUCUGUGUAGCACUCUGAAUGCUUUCUGAUUCAACUUUCUUCCAGGUGCCCGUGAAAAAAAAGGAUAGGAUUUAUAAAGCACUUCUUCAUGUGUGGAUCAUUCUUUUUUGUUGUCAACGAUACAUACAGCAGCUCAGUUCAUCUGUUAACUGUGGAUUACAUAUUUCAAUAUUACGGAUAAAAAUUGUCUCGUCACCAAUGAGGAUUAAGUCUUCAUCUCGAAAUGAUGCUAGGUAAUUAUUUACUGAAUUAGAGAUUAAUAAUUACGUCGUUUUGACAUGAUUGUGAACGCAGCUAUCAACAACUGCAAUGGAUAACACAUGUCAGGCAACAGUGGUGUUGAUAUUCUUGUUUUCGCGCGCUUUUGUGUUUUGUUUGGAUCAGGAAUCUGACGCGAAUCGGUGGUCGAAUGGAACAUCUUCUGCCAAGGAUGACGAAAGUGACUUUGACAUUAGUACAGAUGAUGACGAUGAUGAGUUGUCAAACCAACCAGAUCUCGUUGAGAGGGGAGUCAAGGAUUUAUGGAUAGCUUCGAUGGUUUUGAUUAUUAUAUUCAGUGUAUCUGGUAAUGGAUUGAUUACAUACGCAGUGUUCAGGUAUAAGACGUUACGUAGACCUUGCUUCUUCUUCCUUUUCAACAUCGCCCUCGCCGAUCUCGUCCGAUCACUUGUUUGCUUCCCAUUCGUCAUCACCUCUGUCGUCGCAUCCGAUUGGGUUUACGGCAAGUUUUUAUGCGAGAUUCUUGCGUUUUUUAAUGUUUAUCUUCCCUAUGGAUCAUUAUACACGUUGUGUUUGAUCAGUAUUGAACGUUACGUGGUACUGAGAUGGCAUCGGUUCCACCGACAGAAACUCAAAGGACUUGGGAGCCUGUUAUGUGUGUUAUCAGCCUGGGCUUUAGCAGUAUCCACCGCAUUCCCACCAGUAUUCAACUUUGAAGCUUAUGGUUACAUACCCACGGAGCACCAAUGUACAUUUCGGCAUCGCUCUAUAAACAGAGCCAACGACACACUUCUUUUCCUUCUGUUUUUCGUACUUGUGACAGCACUCAUUCAUGUCUUCUAUCUCCGUGUAUUCUUCUUCAUGCGCGCGCAUCGUCGAAUGCGUCCGCUGGAAUUCAUCCCAGCUGUAUCUAGUACUUGGACCUUCUACGGUCCUGGUUCAACAGGCCAGGCCGCUGCGAACUGGUUUCAGGGGUUUCGUCAGGGUCCUACCCCUCCUCCGUUAGUCGGCCUGGCUCCACCUUCAGUCCGUGGUGAACCAACAGUACCUAGUGCAGACUUUCAUCAAGAAGAGAAAGUAACAAGACUAACCUUCUCCAUCUCAGUAGCUCAUGGGGUGAUGUGGUCCCCCUACAUCAUCUAUUCAUUCCUCAAAGUGUUUCGUGCCAAUCUCCAGUUACCUAUCGCUUUCGUCUCCAUAGCAACGUGGCUGACUUUUCUCCAGGUGUGUGUCAAUCCUAUCUUAUGUAUGGUACAUGUCCCAGAGGUGCGUCGCUGCGUGCUCGCUGCUUCCUCACCAGAGGAUGUUGAAAGGAGAAACAGAGACGAGAGAAACGGUGUGAUUUGACGUCAUCUCAUGACGUAGGGAACUUCCUUUUGUAGAUGGACAUGAUUAUUUCGUAAUUAACUUAUGUAAGUUUUCCACGAGAGAUAUAGAGAUACGUGAAUUACGCUGGUCGCUGUUCAAAUGACUGUUUGCAAUAUAAAAUUAUGUGCUUUUUGCAGCUUUUAUAGAUGAAGAUGUAUUGUUACUAUUGUUACGAGCUGAUGCUCUUGUAUGCGAAUUAACAUGAGUAAAUUUGUACACUGCGUGACAUAUCCACACAUAAUGGGACUGGAGCAGGAAUUAUAUCAAUCUCAAUUUAGGCUUAUGGUCUUGUCAAGAGAAGGUUGUAUUAUUCUGGGUAACAUGUUGUUUUUCUAACAUCUGCAGGGUAUGAUGCUGAUUUACCAUCAGGAAUUGUUGUAAAUCAACGAAUUAUCAAUGGAAUAUUGAUAAACAGGAGUUUUGUUCAUUUUACUGUACGUGUAUAUUGAGACUGAUCAAAUUUUCAUAAUCAUGACAUUCUACAAUAUUUGGAUAUAAAUCUAUUAGAGGCAAUCCUAAGAGGGACACAUAAUUUUCAUGUUAGUUUAAACGUGCAAGUAUUCCAAAACCUGACCUCAACUAAAAUUAAGUGCAUAUAUUUUAUUAUAUUUUGUUGUUUCCUAUUUAAUUAUUCUAUUUAUACUGUGGGAUUUCCAUUUUCUUAAAACAAAAUCGUAGGAAGCUUAAUAAGCAACAUUUAAAAACAGAUAAUAGUACUGCAUACUUUUUCCCCAUUAAAAGAGAACAACUCACAGAAUUGAAUACGAUACACUUUAUAAUACUCAUGAAAUAUACACUGAACAUAAUUCAUUUUUUAUGUCAACUUUAGAUAUUACAGCAUGAGCAGAUAAUGCAGUUUUAUGAGAUUUUUUUUAUUGAAGUUCACUGUUUAUAUAUUUUUUCUUAAUUUUUUAAUCGAGAUAUUUUAAACCAUAAUUUUUAACCUUUAUAAUGUGCAUCGUGUUGUUUUAAUCAACGCGAAUGAUUUUGUUUUAUAAUUGUCACAGUGAUUAGACAUGAGUUACGCCAUUGAUUUGUCUCAAAGAUAUUAAUCUUCAAAGAAAAAGUACACAUUAGGUCUAUAAAAUAUUUGGAAUGCGGUUUUGACGAUACUUAUUAGAGAUAAGCUCGAUUAUGUUGGGAGUAUGAUAAACACUAUGUUGAGUUUGGCGGAGGGAAUUGCGUCUUUCAUUGUAUUUUUACACAAUACGAUCAGAUAUGGCAUACAAUGAGAUCCAUGUACAUGGUUUAGGCGCAUUGAUAACCUCAAUAACUCAUUUAUGGAAUAAUUUUACGUUUAUGAACACUAAUUGAAAUUAUGGAUGGAAACCACUACUAUCUUAGAUUUUUUCGCUAUAGAUUUUUUUUGUAAUUGAUAAAAAGUACAUAUUUUAAAAAUCAUAUACGUACUAACCAUACUAUGAGUUUUACUAAUCACUUACCAUGUGUGUACGACAUUGCGUUGUGACCGUUUAGUAAAACUUGUAACUUUGACAUUUGAGGAUCUGCUGAUUUAUUUACUUGAUUUUUUUAAUUAGUAAUUAAGCUGAUUACCAUUGUAAUUACAGAUGAUGGCAAAUAUACAGUAAAUUAGAAAUUUAAUGCGUAUAUGACAAGUUUUCUGAUCUGAAAAUCAGGUGUCUGUUGGAUAAAAACGAUUGGAUAAAACAUCCAAAAAGUCCUGUCAUUAACCAUUUCCCUGGUCUUAAAUUCAAUAGUUUCUCCUGCACCGUGUUUUUAAGUUAUAUGUUUCAUUGUGAUUUUAAGAUUUCGAAUCAUGAAAAAAAAAUGAAAGAAUGUUUCAGCAGAAUGAGGAUUUUACAAUUUCUAAAUUCCAUAAUGUUGUUUAUCGCUGUACUUUUAAUAUAUCAACCCCCAAAUAGUGGACUUUAUAUACGAAAGAUCAAGGUACCGCGGUCCAUGGAAUGUUAGUUUUAUUUCACUUUGAUUAUUAUUAUCGAUUUAUUUGCUCUGUUUUUUUUUAAGGUGAGGAUGUAUUUGAAAUUCACGUAUUUAAGCUAAUUAUGUCAGUUGCAAUAUUAUAAUUGUCAAGCGGUGUGCUAUAAAAUGUGAAUAUACAGAGAAACGAAUUAGUA